AUGAUAUUUAGUGUACUGGAUUCAAAAAAGGCACUGAUGGCAGAGAUGGAAAAUGUGUCGUAUGUACCUUUGAAGCAGCCCAUAGUGUUCAUAGUAGAAGGUUUCAUCAUAACCAGGCAGCAGGGGUACCCCUUGUUUGUAGCCUGUCUCAUCGUAUACGCCAUGAUGCUGCUGGGAAACAUCACCGUGGUUACAGUGAUAGCCACGGAUGCCAAGCUCCACAAGCCCAUGUACAUGAUGAUGUGCAACCUGGCAGUGUGCGAUCUGCUCGGGGGCACGACAGUCAUGGCCCAGCUGAUGCCACAGUUCCUGACAGGAGACAAGACCAUUGGCUACGUGGCAGCAAUAGUCCAGGCCUUCUGUGUGCACACAUAUGGCUCAGCCGUUACCACUAUUCUAUCUGCCAUGGCGUAUGACCGCUACGUUGCCAUCUGCCAGCCGCUGCACUACCACACCAUCAUGACAACUACGAGGCUGGUUUCACUGUGUUUUCUGGCCUGGUUCAUCGCAGUCUGCUUAGUCGUGAUCCUCCUCAUUCUGAACGUGGGAACUCCAUUGUGUGGGACAUUAAUCAUGCACGUCUACUGCAGUAAUGGAGCCAUUCUGAGGCUGGCAUGCAUACCCACCCCCAUCAACAACAUCUACGAUUUGUGUUCACUUUCGUCCUUAAGAAUAGGCUGCUUCUUAGUCAUUGCAUUUUCCUAUCUGAAGAUCCUCAAAGUGUGCAUCAUCAAACAGGAGAAAAACAGUCGGAGCAAGGCCAUACAGACGUGCACCUCCCACCUCACCAUUUAUGUCCUCUUUGAGAUCUCCGGUUUAAUCAUCUUCUUGACCUACAAGCUGCAAGAGAUCAGCCCCAACACCAAGAAGUUCUGCACCAUUUUUAUUUUCAUCGUGCCCCCCAUCAUCAACCCAAUCAUCUAUGGCAUCACCACGAAAGAUAUUCGCACAAAUAUUGUUCAGUUUUUCAAAUCCACUGUCUCAACAAAAAUAGGGUAACCAGCCAGUACCACCCAGUUAUCCAAAUAACAUUUUUACAAUGUAUUUUUUUGGUUGAGGAAAGUAGGUAAAGUGUUAUCUUCACAUCACAACUGUGUCUCUAAAAUAUUUUCCAACAAAAAAGUGUCAGAUGGAUCUUUUUUCAAACAGUCGUAAAGUUACGGUUCACAGGUUGGUAAAAACAAUUAUCAUUUAAAAAAAACCUUGCUAUAGCACUGUUAUUCUCUACACUGUAAUUUACCUGUGGUUAAACCAAAGGUUAAACCUGUGUGUGAUAUGGUUACAGAGACAGCACACACAGGAAUUUGUUAUACUGUUUUGUCAUGAUUGUGUCUUUAUUUGAUGUUGGGGUUUUUCUUGUAUAUGAGAGAAGUGCAUCAUUGACAAGUUUUGGUUUCUUACCGUUGGUGACCCUGAACCAGCAUUUUGUGUAUCUGAGGUGUUUCUUACAACACCCUUUCAUAAAUUCACGGCAUUCAGGCAAAACGUCUCAAUGAAGUUAUGUGCCAGCUGGGCAAAGGAUAAUAAUUUCUGGCACAAUCUGAAUCAUCCUCCAUCUGUUUUUUCCCCAUGACCUUUGCCUA